AUGGCCGAGUUAGACAUCGGACAGCAUUGCCAGGUGGAGCACUGCCGGCAGAAAGAUUUUCUUCCAUUUGUAUGUGAUGGCUGUUCAGGAAUAUUCUGCCUUGAGCACAGAAGCAGGGAGUCUCAUGGCUGUUCUGAGGUGAACAUAAAAAAUGAAAGAUUGAAGACUGAUGACCAUUCAUCUUACCCAUGUUCAUAUAAGGACUGCAGUGGAAGAGAGCUUGUGCCAGUGUUAUGUCCCUUCUGUGAGAAGAAUUUUUGCCUGAGACACCGGCACCAGUCAGACCAUGAAUGUGAAAAGCUGGAAGCUCCUCAGGCUCGAAUGACUGCCACGCAGCAGCUUGUUAAAGAGAUCAUAGAUUCCAAGAAAGGAGCAGCAAUAAACAAAGGACGUAGAGGUGCAAAGAACAGUGAAACUGCAGCAAAAGUUGCACUAAUGAAAUUAAAAAUGCAUGCUGAUGGUGAUAAAUCUCUGCCACAGACAGAAAGAAUAUACUUUCAGGUAUUCUUACCUAAAGGGAACAAGGAGAAAAGCAAGCCCAUGUUCUUUUGUUGUAAAUGGAGUAUUGGCAAGGUGGUGGAUUUUGCAGCUUCAUUAGCCAACCUUAAAAAUGAGAACAACAAGGCAAUGGCCAAGAAAUUAAGAUUGUGUAAUAUUGCAACAGGAGAAGCCUUACCUCCAGAUCAGACUUUGGAUACAUGGAUUGCUAAAGAAGAUUGCCCUUUAUAUAAUGGUGGAAAUAUUAUCUUAGAAUAUCUUGAUAAUGAAGAGCAAUUUUUGGAAAAUGCAGAUUCUUACUUAAAAUAACCUUUCAAGGAUAGCCCUCAAUCAUUAGGCCAACAAUACAUUUUAAAGUUAACAAGUUAACUUA